CUGCCAAAGCUAGUCCGCGCCAAGCAACAGACAGACACACAAAGCUACGGCAACUGUGAGAGUUCGGCAUGCAUGGUGCUUCUACAGCCUUGUACACUUUUACUUGUACUACUAUUCCCGAACACCACAUCAUCGCCAGUGCUGGUAAGGGAGGCUCCAACAACAGCAGGGCACAUUUAAUUUCAUCUGGCGAUCUCGAUUCUCUAUCUAUAGAGCACUAGCUACUAGACAGCUAGCUUGUUGUAAUAGUCGAUCAGAUCCGGUGGUACAAUGUCGUCCCUCCAUCCAUCUCGUCGCAUCUCAGUGCCAUCCUCCUCCUCAGCCACCGACGCUCCAGCAGACCGCAACGAAAGUACCCAUGAGCCGCCGGCCAUUGUAGCCCCAAAGCGCCAUGCCUCUUCUUCUAUCUCUUCCUCCGAUCAUGAUCUCCAAGUCGCGCUCCCCAAGAAGAGUCCUCUGGCCCAACGACAAGUCCAUGCCAGCCGCAGAGCGAGCUGCAACGAUACGACAACGUCAAGUGUUCGACGAACCAGCGCGGUCAACCCAGAAAAUUUGGCAGGCUUUAGUAUGUCACACAGUCAAACCCUGCCCGAGUCCCUCGCUGGCACUACGGUGAGGGAUGCCUCGGAACGAUUGGAAGACGACGUGGCCAUUGUGGCAGUCCCCAAAAAGAGUCCCCUCCGACAUCAGAUGCCCAUUCGACGGAAUACAAACUCCAGCAGCAACAGCAGCAGCACUGCCGUACGACGAAGCAGUUUGGUGGAACCGAAAGCAUUGUUGGGUUUGUUGGAGGAAGAACAACCGAGUUUGCCAGAUCAAAUGGUAGUCAACAUGAGAGACACGUCGGAGCGGUUGGAUGGUUGUCUGACGACCUGCAGUUCGGCCAUUCCAUUGCCCAAAAAGAGCCCUCUGCAAGCGCAUAUCCGGACAACCCGACGGUCCAGUUACAGCCCCAAUAAUUCGCGUCGAAGCAGUAGCCCCGUUCCAAAUGUGGAACCCACUUGUCUCCGUGCCAGUGUUUCCAUGGGCCAUGGAUCGUCGCGUCAAAGUGGUAGCCCCGUGCCGGAACCCUGUCCACCGCCCACAUCGCUCCGUGCCAGUGUUUCCGUGGGCCUUCCGGUUCGAAGACGAAGCCUUGUCGAUCCAGAACACUUGAGAAAGGCAGGAUUGCUCGACGAAGAUUCGGAAGAAGAAGACUCUUGCACGGCGCCAGACGUAGUGCCAAGGAGCUUGACCGACUCGGACGCCUCCAGCGUCGGGUCGAGCAAAAACGAAGCAAGUGACAAUGGUGAGGCACCAGCGACUCCAUCCUCCGGUUUGCGGUUGUCCAGUCACAGCAGCAGUAGUAGUAGUAGUGCUGCCAGCACACCACGGUCCUCGGUGGUCGAUUCCGAUUCCAAAAUCAAGGCGGGGCUUCGACGAGCAUCCAAAGCUGUUGCGGCAGCAGUGCAAAGAAACUCAGUCCAAGCAGAAGGCGACCAAAGCAGAACCAACGCCAUGCUCGAAGCUGAUGCCAAGCUCAAGCGUGGAUUGCGACAGUCCCGUCACUCGUCACGCUCUGCCAGCAUGGCGGCGGGCCUCGGACGAGACGACGACUCCAAGUUUCACCUUCGAGUGGCGCGAACGCACACGGACGGCUCGUCCGACACGGCGGCCUCUUCUUCCACUAGUUUUGCUGCCAACGAUAUGCGUCCGGGAGCCUAUUCGGCCGUCACCGCAUCACAAGGCGAAUUCUCCAUGGAACGUGUGGAUUCUCUUCGCAAGGGAGGCGUGGAAGUAUUGGGCCGAGAGAGCAUCAACUCGGCCGCGGCGGGACAUGACGUGAGUAUUGACCUGUCGAGCUCUCCAUCUUUGUUGGAUCUGGAACAAGGAGGAGGGCUGCAUUCCACCAACGACCCACCGCUCUUUUCAUCCGAGGUGGGAGAGUUGUACGCUCACAAUGAACCGAAACCAAGAAAUCACAAGAUGCGCGUGGUCGCGGCCCUGGCGGUAGCCAUUGUCGUGGCGGGCAUUCUUGUGGCAGCUACAGUAGGCAGCGUACUUUCUCGUCAGAGUGACGGCAACCAGGAGAAUGCCAGCAUGGGUGUUGUUGCGGAAGCGGAGAUCAAGUUGGAGCAAGUCUUUGUGGACCCAAUGGCGGAAUUGGCGUCCGAAACGAUUGUAGCCAUCCAGUUUGGAACGGCUACUGAUCCUCGAGUCAAGGCCUUCAAGUGGAUCGCAAUGGACCCAAAUCUGGCAAUGUAUUCGUCCGCCCAAAGAAGACAACGUUUUGCUCUGGCGUCGUUCUUCUAUGCAACGAACGGACCUGCUUGGUUUGACAACGGAGGAGUCUCGAGCAAGUGGCUUGAUUAUGAUGCUCAUGAAUGCAGUUGGUUCUCUUUGGCUCCUCUUCAGGGCCAACCCGUUUGCAGGACGGCCCCGACAUCCGGGCAGAUACCUCUGGCCACUCAUUAUGAUUACACAUCGCUGGUUCUCUCUGGAAGCGACCUGUGGACUGCUGGAUCCAGUGAAUUUCCCAAUCCGACCCUUCAAGGCAUUCUGGUUCCAGAACUAGGAAUGUUGACUUCUUUGAACAGGUUGGAUCUUGGGGUCCAAAAGCUGCGAGGGACUCUACCAGAGUCCCUUCCUCCCACGUUGACGGAGAUUGUCCUCUACGACAAUGAGCUCACUGGAACUAUCGAUCCAGUGCUCUAUUCCCGAACUAGUCAGCUAUGGCUGAGUUUCAAUGCAUUUGCGCCCUCCACCAUCCCUUCAUCGAUCGGCCCUGCACUCACAAGCCUGGCACUGACAGAGUCCAACAUUGCUGGCUCCAUUCCAAAGCAGCUGUUUGCAUCAUCUGCACGGGGCUUGGAAGAGCUCUAUCUGUCAGGAAAUUCCUUGAGCGGCUCCAUCCCUUCUGAAGUUGGACUUGCCACCAAUCUUCGUACACUGGAGCUUCAUAUCAACCAGCUCUCUUCGUCUCUUCCCAGCGAAAUUGGCGAUUUGUCCGGCCUGCAGUGGCUAUCACUACAGGGCAACAAAUUCAGCGGAACGCUUAUAUCGGAGCUGGGCAAGAUGUCUUCCUUGGAAUAUCUCCAUGUAUCAAAUCUGGUGCACCGGAACAAAGAUUUGCAAGGAACGAUCCCUCUUGAUUGGUUUGCACUGCCGAAUCUCAAGUCUUUGGCGCUCUCUUCCACAAAGAUAUCGGGUAGUGUUCCAUCUGAGGUUGGCCUCUUGACUUCGCUCGAGAGCUUGAUUUUGGACAACAAUGGCAAACUCUCAGCCAGUGUCAUCCCCAGCGAGGUCGGGGCUCUGCAGAGGUUGACCGUCUUGGGCAUGUCUGACAUGAAUUUGCACUCUUCCAUUCCAUCCGAAGUGGGUCUGUUGUCAAAGCUGACUACACUGCGACUUCACGAUAAUGAACUGACUGGAGGCAUCCCCCAGGAACUGGAAUCUUUGUCUUUGCUGGAGCUUUUCAAGAUUGACGGCAACGCAGGCCUUUUGGGAACUGUUCCUACUGAGUUUUGCGCCAUUGACAUGCUUGAUUUUGGAUGCGGUGGGAACGGUUUGUGUGGAUGCGAUUGUCCCUGCAGCCCUUAG